AUGCGGAGUAAGGUUACAGUGAGUUUAAUCGAUAAUUUCGAACUAAUUAGUAUUUUGGAGCUGGCAAAGUCACAAUCAGAAGAAUGCAAAGAAGAAUAUGUGGAGCGCAACACGAGAGUGGUGAGGGAGUUAUACGAGGCCCUAACCUCAAAACAAACCGAGACACUGGAUGGGCUUGUGGCCCAAGACCUGGAGUGGUGGUUCCAUGGCCCAGCAUCCCAUCGACAGCACUUGGUUCCCUGGCUCACGGGCUCACCACCCUCCUCAAAGGCACCGGUUCCUGAAUAUGUUGUUGGGUUUGGGCCUGUGGUAAUCGCAGAAGGGUUCGAUGAGGCCCACUUGGUGUGGUGGGUCCACGCGUGGACUGUCACUGUGGAUGGGGUCAUAACCCAGGUGAAAGAAUACGUCAACACUUCCGUCACCGUGACUCGCUUAACACAAGUACUUCCAAAUGCCUCCACGUGUCAAUGCAUUUGGCAAAGUAAGCUCUGUGAUGAAUCUGUGCCUGGGCUUAUUCUAGCAAUCUAGCGCACACAAAUCUUAAAAUCACUUUUUAAAAGCCUUUAAUAUUGUAGUCUUAUUAUGCUUUGCUUUGGUUUGGAGUUGUUCAAAUAAACGUGAUUUAAACGGAAA